AUGGCCAUGGUGGAUGAACCUUUAUAUCCCAUCGCUCUGCUCAUUGACGAGCUUAAGAACGACGAUAUACAGCUUCGUUUGAACUCCAUCUGUCGCCUAUCUACAAUAGCUCGUGCCCUUGGAAAGGAGCGCACGAAAGAGUUAAUCUCCUUUCUGAGUGAGAACAGUGAUGAUGACGACGAGGUUCUCCUUGCAAUGGCUGGGGAGCUCGUAGUUUUCAUUCCUUUUGUUGGAGGGGUUGAGCAUGCGCAUGUGCUUCUCCCUCCUCUUGAAUCUCUCUGCACUGUUGAAGAGACCUGUGUGAGAGAGAAAGCUGUGGACUCGCUUUGCAAGAUCGGAUCUGAGAUGAGGGAAAGUGAUCUUGUGGACUCCUUCGUCCCUCUUGUGAAGAGACUUGCAGCUGGUGAAUGGUUUGCAGCUAGAGUUUCCGCAUGUGGUUUGUUUCAUGUUGCGUACCAAGGGUGUACUGAUGUGCUGAAGACAGAGUUACGGUCUAUUUAUAACCAGUUGUGCCAAGAUGAUAUGCCUAUGGCUGAGAUCAUGACAAUGUUCGAUGAUCUUACUAAAGAUGAACAAGAUUCUGUUAGACUAUUGGCUAUGGAAGGCUGUGCAGCUCUUGGAAAGUUACUGGAACCGCAGGAUUGUGUUGCACGCGUUUUGUCUGUUAUUGUUAAUUUCUCUCGGCAUGAUAAAUCUUGGAGGGUGCGCUACAUGGUUGCUAAUCAGCUAUAUGAACUCUGUGAGGCAGUUGGUCCUGAUUGCACCAAGACGGAUUUGGUUCCAGCGUAUGUGAGACUGCUACAGGACAAUGAGGCUGAAGUGUGAAUAGCAGCAGCGGGGAAAGUGACUAAGUUCUGUCAGCUUUUGAAUCCAGAGCUUUCUAUUCAGCACAUCCUUCUUUGCGUGAAGGAUUUAUCAUCUGAUUCUUCUCAACAUGUCCGCUCUGCUCUAGCGUCAGUAAUAAUGGGAAUGGCUCCUAUCCUUGGAAAGGACUCAACCAUUGAGCAUCUGCUACCAAUUUUUCUCUCCCUUUUGAAAGAUGAAUUUCCUGAUGUACGCCUCAACAUCAUAAGCAAGCUAGACCAAGUCAACCAGGUUAUUGGGAUUGAUCUGCUGUCACAAUCCUUGUUGCCGGCGAUUGUAGAGCUUGCCGAGGAUCGGCACUGGAGAGUUCGUCUUGCUAUAAUUGAGUACGUUCCUCUAUUGGCCAGCCAGUUAGGUAUAGGGUUUUUCGAUGACAAGCUCGGAGCCCUUUGCAUGCAAUGGUUACAAGACAAGGUCUACUCUAUCCGUGAAGCUGGAGCAAACAACCUAAAGCGUCUUGCAGAGGAGUUUGGUUCUGAAUGGGCAAUGCAGCACCUAGUUCCCCAGGUAUUGGAGAUGGUCAACAAUCCGCACUACCUACACAUGAUGAUGGCUCUGCGUGCAAUAUCACUCAUGGCUCCUGUAACGGGAUCAGAAAUCACAUGUUCUAAGUUUCUUCCCGUCGUAGUUGAGGCAUCAAAAGACAGAAUUCCAAACAUCAAGUUCAAUGUUGCAAAACUUCUGCAAUCCCUCAUCCCCAUAGUCGACCAAUCAGUGGUGGACAAAACAAUACGUCAGUGUUUGGUGGACCUGAGCGAGGACCCUGAUGUUGAUGUUCGUUAUUUUGCAAACCAAGCGCUUCAGACCAUUAACAUUGCCACAGUGGCGUAA